AUGAGAUUUUGCGCCAAUGGCGGAGGAGUUCAUGCGGAGUUCGACGAUGACGAGGAGUUGGAUGAAUGCUGGUUGAUUUGCUUGGAGCAUCAGGCGCGUCCAUCGGUGCUUUACAAUUUGAAGAACGAGCUGAACCGCUACUUGGCAGAGAUGGCUGGCAACCAACGGCGUGGUCCGAAGAACGUUGAUGAACUUGUGACUUAUGCACAGAUGGCCUGGCGUCUGGGGGCUGGUCCACAGUACUACAAGUGUCUGUACAUUGGAGGUGGCUCUACAGCCUUUGCGGCAGGAUCGGCAGGCAUGUGCCAUGUGGCCAACUACAUCAAGUGGCGUUCUGGGAAGGCGGCGGAACACGUGAAGCAGGUGGCGCACCAAAAUCGCCUGGGUGAACGGGCGCAGGAUGCCUUCAGUGGAGUCCGCUCUUUUGAUCAACGCUGGAGGGUCUCUGAAAGAACUCAGGCCUUGGCGAGUAGCAGUGUGAGCACUCUGCGAGACAUUGACGAGAAACACCAGGCCGCCUUCAAUGCCACGCAGCGAUUGCUGUCGGGCGGUCUCAUCCUUGCAGGUCAUGACCGCUCGGACGGCGGCUUGCUGACCGCUGUGUUGGAGAUGGCCUUCGCCGGCCGCGUGGGCGUGGAGCUGAAAUUGGACGAUGCCAGUCCUGGCAGCUACAUGGAGAAACUCUUCAACGAGGCACCUGGACUCGUCUAUGAGGUGCGCCGUAGCGACCUGGCUGCGGUGCUUCGCGUCUUCGAGGGCGAAGGUGUGGCGGUGCAGGAAAUUGGUGCCACACGGAAAGACCUCCGGGCAGUGGUGCAUGUGGGCAAGGAGUGUGUCCUGGACGGUGAUGUCGCAGCGCUGCACUGCAUCUGGGAGGCCACAUCCUUCCAGCUGGAACGUCAGCAGUGCGACGUGCCCUGCGUUGAGCAAGAAGAGGCUGGUUUCAAGAACAGGCGGGUGCUGCCCUACAAGCUGACGUAUACCCCCGAGCCCACAGCUGAUGCUGUGCUCAACAGUGGCAGGAAGCAUCGUGUGGCCAUCGUGCGACAGGAAGGUUCCAACGGUGACAGAGAAAUGGCAGCUGCUUUCCACAUGGCUGGCUUUGAGGCUUGGGACGUUCACAUGACCGACCUGCUGGAGGGUCGCACCUCAUUGGAG